AUGACUGCAUGUGAUGGCAUGACUGCAUGUGAUGGCAUGAGUGCAUGUGAUGGCAUGACUGCAUGUGAUGGCAUGAGUGCAUGUGAUGGCAUGAGUGCAUGUGAUGGCAUGAGUGCAUGUGAUGGCAUGAGUGCAUGUGAUGGCAUGAGUGCAUGUGAUGGCAUGACUGCAUGUGAUGGCAUGACUGCAUGUGAUGGCAUGAGUGCAUGUGAUGGCAUGAGUGCAUGUGAUGGCAUGAGUGCAUGUGAUGGCAUGAGUGCAUGUGAUGGCAUGAGUGCAUGUGAUGGCAUGAGUGCAUGUGAUGGCAUGACUGCAUGUGAUGGCAUGACUGCAUGUGAUGGCAUGAGUGCAUGUGAUGGCAUGAGUGCAUGUGAUGGCAUGAGUGCAUGUGAUGGCAUGACUGCAUGUGAUGGCAUGAGUGCAUGUGAUGGCAUGAGUGCAUGUGAUGGCAUGACUGCAUGUGAUGGCAUGAGUGCAUGUGAUGGCAUGAGUGCAUGUGAUGGCAUGAGUGCAUGUGAUGGCAUGACUGCAUGUGAUGGCAUGACUGCAUGUGAUGGCAUGAGUGCAUGUGAUGGCAUGAGUGCAUGUGAUGGCAUGAGUGCAUGUGAUGGCAUGAGUGCAUGUGAUGGCAUGAGUGCAUGUGAUGGCAUGAGUGCAUGUGAUGGCAUGACUGCAUGUGAUGGCAUGACUGCAUGUGAUGGCAUGAGUGCAUGUGAUGGCAUGAGUGCAUGUGAUGGCAUGACUGCAUGUGAUGGCAUGACUGCAUGUGAUGGCAUGAGUGCAUGUGAUGGCAUGACUGCAUGUGAUGGCAUGAGUGCAUGUGAUGGCAUGAGUGCAUGUGAUGGCAUGAGUGCAUGUGAUGGCAUGAGUGCAUGUGAUGGCAUGAGUGCAUGUGAUGGCAUGACUGCAUGUGAUGGCAUGACUGCAUGCAUGAGUGCAUGUGAUGGCAUGAGUGCAUGUGAUGGCAUGAGUGCAUGUGAUGGCAUGAGUGCAUGUGAUGGCAUGAGUGCAUGUGAUGGCAUGAGUGCAUGUGAUGGCAUGACUGCAUGUGAUGGCAUGACUGCAUGUGAUGGCAUGAGUGCAUGUGAUGGCAUGAGUGCAUGUGAUGGCAUGAGUGCAUGUGAUGGCAUGACUGCAUGUGAUGGCAUGAGUGCAUGUGAUGGCAUGAGUGCAUGUGAUGGCAUGACUGCAUGUGAUGGCAUGAGUGCAUGUGAUGGCAUGAGUGCAUGUGAUGGCAUGAGUGCAUGUGAUGGCAUGACUGCAUGUGAUGGCAUGAGUGCAUGUGAUGGCAUGAGUGCAUGUGAUGGCAUGAGUGCAUGUGAUGGCAUGAGUGCAUGUGAUGGCAUGACUGCAUGUGAUGGCAUGAGUGCAUGUGAUGGCAUGAGUGCAUGUGAUGGCAUGAGUGCAUGUGAUGGCAUGAGUGCAUGUGAUGGCAUGACUGCAUGUGAUGGCAUGAGUGCAUGUGAUGGCAUGAGUGCAUGUGAUGGCAUGAGUGCAUGUGAUGGCAUGACUGCAUGUGAUGGCAUGAGUGCAUGUGAUGGCAUGAGUGCAUGUGAUGGCAUGAGUGCAUGUGAUGGCAUGAGUGCAUGUGAUGGCAUGAGUGCAUGUGAUGGCAUGACUGCAUGUGAUGGCAUGAGUGCAUGUGAUGGCAUGAGUGCAUGUGAUGGCAUGAGUGCAUGUGAUGGCAUGAGUGCAUGUGAUGGCAUGAGUGCAUGUGAUGGCAUGACUGCAUGUGAUGGCAUGAGUGCAUGUGAUGGCAUGAGUGCAUGUGAUGGCAUGACUGCAUGUGAUGGCAUGAGUGCAUGUGAUGGCAUGAGUGCAUGUGAUGGCAUGACUGCAUGUGAUGGCAUGACUGCAUGUGAUGGCAUGAGUGCAUGUGAUGGCAUGACUGCAUGUGAUGGCAUGAGUGCAUGUGAUGGCAUGAGUGCAUGUGAUGGCAUGAGUGCAUGUGAUGGCAUGAGUGCAUGUGAUGGCAUGAGUGCAUGUGAUGGCAUGACUGCAUGUGAUGGCAUGAGUGCAUGUGAUGGCAUGAGUGCAUGUGAUGGCAUGAGUGCAUGUGAUGGCAUGAGUGCAUGUGAUGGCAUGAGUGCAUGUGAUGGCAUGACUGCAUGUGAUGGCAUGACUGCAUGUGAUGGCAUGAGUGCAUGUGAUGGCAUGAGUGCAUGUGAUGGCAUGAGUGCAUGUGAUGGCAUGAGUGCAUGUGAUGGCAUGAGUGCAUGUGAUGGCAUGACUGCAUGUGAUGGCAUGAGUGCAUGUGAUGGCAUGAGUGCAUGUGAUGGCAUGAGUGCAUGUGAUGGCAUGAGUGCAUGUGAUGGCAUGAGUGCAUGUGAUGGCAUGACUGCAUGUGAUGGCAUGAGUGCAUGUGAUGGCAUGAGUGCAUGUGAUGGCAUGACUGCAUGUGAUGGCAUGAGAUGGCAUGAUGCAUGUGAUGGCAUGACUGCAUGUGAUGGCAUGAGUGCAUGUGAUGGCAUGAGUGCAUGUGAUGGCAUGAGUGCAUGUGAUGGCAUGAGUGCAUGUGAUGGCAUGAGUGCAUGUGAUGGCAUGACUGCAUGUGAUGGCAUGAGUGCAUGUGAUGGCAUGAGUGCAUGUGAUGGCAUGAGUGCAUGUGAUGGCAUGAGUGCAUGUGAUGGCAUGAGUGCAUGUGAUGGCAUGACUGCAUGUGAUGGCAUGACUGCAUGUGAUGGCAUGAGUGCAUGUGAUGGCAUGAGUGCAUGUGAUGGCAUGACUGCAUGUGAUGGCAUGAGUGCAUGUGAUGGCAUGAGUGCAUGUGAUGGCAUGAGUGCAUGUGAUGGCAUGAGUGCAUGUGAUGGCAUGAGUGCAUGUGAUGGCAUGAGUGCAUGUGAUGGCAUGACUGCAUGUGAUGGCAUGAGUGCAUGUGAUGGCAUGAGUGCAUGUGAUGGCAUGAGUGCAUGUGAUGGCAUGAGUGCAUGUGAUGGCAUGAGUGCAUGUGAUGGCAUGACUGCAUGUGAUGGCAUGAGUGCAUGUGAUGGCAUGAGUGCAUGUGAUGGCAUGAGUGCAUGUGAUGGCAUGACUGCAUGUGAUGGCAUGACUGCAUGUGAUGGCAUGAGUGCAUGUGAUGGCAUGAGUGCAUGUGAUGGCAUGAGUGCAUGUGAUGGCAUGAGUGCAUGUGAUGGCAUGAGUGCAUGUGAUGGCAUGAGUGCAUGUGAUGGCAUGACUGCAUGUGAUGGCAUGACUGCAUGUGAUGGCAUGAGUGCAUGUGAUGGCAUGAGUGCAUGUGAUGGCAUGAGUGCAUGUGAUGGCAUGACUGCAUGUGAUGGCAUGAGUGCAUGUGAUGGCAUGAGUGCAUAUGAUGGCAUGACUGCAUGUGAUGGCAUGAGUGCAUGUGAUGGCAUGAGUGCAUGUGAUGGCAUGAGUGCAUGUGAUGGCAUGACUGCAUGUGAUGGCAUGAGUGCAUGUGAUGGCAUGAGUGCAUGUGAUGGCAUGAGUGCAUGUGAUGGCAUGAGUGCAUGUGAUGGCAUGACUGCAUGUGAUGGCAUGAGUGCAUGUGAUGGCAUGAGUGCAUGUGAUGGCAUGAGUGCAUGUGAUGGCAUGAGUGCAUGUGAUGGCAUGACUGCAUGUGAUGGCAUGAGUGCAUGUGAUGGCAUGAGUGCAUGUGAUGGCAUGAGUGCAUGUGAUGGCAUGACUGCAUGUGAUGGCAUGAGUGCAUGUGAUGGCAUGAGUGCAUGUGAUGGCAUGAGUGCAUGUGAUGGCAUGAGUGCAUGUGAUGGCAUGACUGCAUGUGAUGGCAUGACUGCAUGUGAUGGCAUGAGUGCAUGUGAUGGCAUGAGUGCAUGUGAUGGCAUGAGUGCAUGUGAUGGCAUGAGUGCAUGUGAUGGCAUGAGUGCAUGUGAUGGCAUGACUGCAUGUGAUGGCAUGAGUGCAUGUGAUGGCAUGAGUGCAUGUGAUGGCAUGACUGCAUGUGAUGGCAUGAGUGCAUGUGAUGGCAUGAGUGCAUGUGAUGGCAUGACUGCAUGUGAUGGCAUGACUGCAUGUGAUGGCAUGAGUGCAUGUGAUGGCAUGACUGCAUGUGAUGGCAUGAGUGCAUGUGAUGGCAUGAGUGCAUGUGAUGGCAUGAGUGCAUGUGAUGGCAUGAGUGCAUGUGAUGGCAUGAGUGCAUGUGAUGGCAUGACUGCAUGUGAUGGCAUGAGUGCAUGUGAUGGCAUGAGUGCAUGUGAUGGCAUGAGUGCAUGUGAUGGCAUGAGUGCAUGUGAUGGCAUGAGUGCAUGUGAUGGCAUGACUGCAUGUGAUGGCAUGACUGCAUGUGAUGGCAUGAGUGCAUGUGAUGGCAUGAGUGCAUGUGAUGGCAUGACUGCAUGUGAUGGCAUGAUGCAUGUGAUGGCAUGA